AUGACUGAUCACUUAAAUGGCCAUAUUAAAGCACUUAUUGUCAGAAACUAUCGGGAGCUCUGCGAACACGCGUCUUCACCUCACUUUGCCAAACCGGAAGCCUCCUUCAUCAUCUUUUCUUAUGACAAGGAAGUUGGAAGUAUCAUUGGGAAGAAAGGAGAGACUGUCAAAAAAAUUAGAGUGGAAAGUGGAGCCCGGAUUAAUAUAUCUGACGGUUCCAGUCCAGAGCGCAUUGUCACCAUUACCGGACAGUCCGAGGUCAUCUUCAAAGCCUUCGCCAUGAUCGCAGAGAAAUUUGAGGAGGAUAUCCUGGCAUCCAUGAUCAACAGCACCGUGACAAGCAGGCCUCCUGUGACACUGCGCCUCGUCUUCCCCGCCAGUCAGUGUGGUUCACUCAUUGGCAAAGGAGGCUCGAAGAUCAAAGAGAUCAGAGAGAGCACAGGUGCCCAGGUCCAGGUGGCAGGAGACCUACUGCCUGACUCGACUGAGAGAGCCGUGACCAUCUCAGGCACCCCUCGUGCCAUCACACAAUGCGUGAAUCACAUCUGCACCGUCAUGCUGGAGUCACCACCUAAAGGAGCCACCAUUCCGUACCGACCCAAACCCACGGCGGGUGGCAGCCACACAGUGUUGGCGCAACCCCAUGCUGCGUCGGCAUUUACUAUUCCAGGACAGUUUGCCAUUCCACCCCAAGACUUGACCAAGCUUCACCAGUUGGCUAUGCAGCAUAUCCCCCUUACCUCCCUUGGGCAGAGCAACCCCACCUUCCCUGGUCUGGAGGCCUCUAUUGCAACCAGUUCUCAUGAGCUGAGCAUACCUAAUGAUCUCAUAGGCUGCAUCAUUGGCAGACAGGGCAGUAAGAUCAAUGAGAUUCGCCAGAUGUCUGGUGCCCAGAUCAAAAUUGCCGGGGCCACAGACGGUUCGGCAGUGCGCCACGUCACCAUCACAGGCUCCCCAGCCAACAUCAGCGUGGCUCAGUACCUCAUCAGUGCAAGUUUAGAGAUGGCUAAACUGAGCAUCCAGGCUGCGUCAUCCUCCUCUUCCAGCACACCUAUCGACCUCAGCCUGGGCUUCUCCCAGUACACCCCCUCCGUCUCCGCCUCCACCGCCUCUUCCAUGGCCGUCCUGGCUGCUCCCCCCUCUGCUAUUAACGUCCACUCCCCCUCGUCCGUCCCCUCCAUCCCCAGUGCCCACUACGCAUUUCCUGUUUCCAGCCUGCUUGGCAUGAAAACCGUCCCCCUGCUGGCAGUGCACACAGCCACCUCCGCAGGCCUCCCGGCCGGCUUCACCCCCUACACCGCAAAGUUCCCCACCUCGUCCAGCAUCAAAAAAUCUGAGCGGCAGAAGUUUGCCCCGUACUGAGCGGCCGUGGUCUUUAAACAUCAGUAAUGUUGUAUUUGUUUAUUAUUCAUUCAUGAAUAUUAAGUAGAUUGAAUGUGUUUCUCCCCACCCCAUAUUUUUUAUGUUUCUGUGCAAUAUUUUACAAACAAAGAAUAGUGAGAGCAUGACAAGAUUAAUCACUCCUUAUAUUGUCUUCCAUUUUGUGUGGCGUUUCAUUCAGAAGUGUUUGAGAUAUUCAUCUCGCACCAUAUAAUUUAUCUGACACGGCACCUGUUUUUUUUA